AUGUUCUCUUCUGCUAUUGCUGCUCUCGCCCUCUUCACCGCUGCCGUCCAGGCUGGCAAGCGCGGUCUGACCUGGACCUACUACGACAGCUCUCUUAACCCCGCACUCUUCAAGACCAGCAGCGGCGAAGUCGUAGCUAUCUACGACUACGAGACGUAUGCUCCUCCCUCCACUCACGGCAAUGGUGGCCUUGGUUUCGUUGGCAUGCAGCGCUGCUUGGACUGCGACUCCAGCCCCAUCAACCAGCUUGCUGCUCGCCAAAAGCAGCAAGGAUGGGCCACCGUCUUCACCCUGAACGAGCCUGACAUCAACGGCAUUUCGCCCUCGCAGGCGGCGUCUUGGUACAAGCAAUACGUCAACCCUCUUCCCAUCAAGAAGGCUCUUCCUGCCAUCACGUCCAGCACGGAUGCCGGCAAGGGGUUCGACUGGCUUCACUCCAUGAUCAGUGCUUGCGGUGGCAAGUGCUCCUACGACUACAUCAACCUGCACUGGUACGGAGGCAGCUUCGCUGACUUCAAGUCCCACGUUCAGAAGGCGCACUCGGAGUUCCCCAACUCCAAGAUCGUGAUCACCGAGUUCGCCCUCCAGAACCCCUCCGGCGGCCAGUCUGCUCAGGUGAACUUCUUCAAGCAGGCCUUCAGCUUCCUCGACGGCGCCGACUACGUCCAGCUCUACUUCCCCUUCGUCGCCACUUCCCCUGCUCUCCUCCAGCAGAACGACGCCGCGGCUGUCGGCUACGUCGGCACUGGCUCGUGCUUGUACAACAACGAUGGCUCGCUCUCUGCUGUCGGCAAGCUCAUGAUCGCGAAGUAGAUUGCUCACGUAGACGUUAGUAUAUGAUGUAUACGUUCUGAGAUUGUUGACUUCCAUUCGCUGAGGAAAGGAUUGUUUACACAUAAUGAUUACUCUAUGG